AACAACUGGAAUGAGUGAACAAGACAUUAAAAAAGCCUCCUGUCCUUCUGGAUAUUUGUGCUACCAAAGUGGUUGGAACAUCAGCUCUUUAGUAUCAAAACACAACAAGGUUUCAGCUGCAGAGUUAAUCAAUGGAUCGUAUCGUUUCAAACCUGCUUAUGAGGACAUUUGCACUGAUUUUGUUUUGAAGUUCCCUGAUAAAAACUGCAACGUUUCCUUCACCUCCUCUGAAUAUGUUCCUGUUGAUUUCAUUGAUCCAAAUGACAUAAAUCAGACUGAACCCACUGAACUUCCUGCAAAGAUAGAAACAAAGUUUCCUUCAAACUGUAAAAAUCUCAGUGUUGAGUACAAAUGUUCAGGAAAGGACAAUAACUCUGUUGAACCUUCUGACAUGAAGCCGUUCACAGACUACAGCUGUACUGGUCACAUCAAGAACAACGGUGUCUUCAUAAAUAAGACCACUCCACCUGUCCAGUUCAACAUUAACUGUGAUUUUACAAUAAUAAUCUUGAAGGCCAGAUCAACCAAUACUUCCAUUGAGCUGAACUGGAAAACAACCAGUGAUAAAUGUCAAGGUGUUCUCCACAGUCUGACGAACCUCUCUUAUAGCUGCAGCUGUCAAGACAAGAAAUAUUAUGCUACAGAUGAAGGAAGGAUGAUGAAUCUUCUUGAUGGAGGAAGGUGUCAUAAUCUUUGGGACUUUGGUUUUGUGUUCAUCUUUAUGUUGGUAUUUCUGUUCUGCUCCAUUGUUUCCUGCAUGUUCUAUCAGCCAUGUUUCCCUUCUUCUUCUUCUGCUUCUGGUGUUUUAUGGCAGUUGGAAGACCAGCUUUAAAGAUGCAUUAACGCCACCAACUGGACUGGAGUGUGAACAGCAUAUUAACUAAAGAAAGAAAACAAAAGCCUACAUUAUUUCUAAUAGAUUUGUGUUGAUUAAAAAUUAGAUGAUUUUUAAUUACAUUAACUCCAACAAGAUAUUCAAUUGCGUCAUUAACAUUUAGCUUAUUCAGUGCUUGUUUGAGCUGUCUCCUUUCUGCUUCAUACACAUUGCUUUUCAUGAGAAGAUGCUCUACAGAUUCAGGCAAUAAUCACAUAACCCUGAUGGAUGCU